CGUACUACUUUUACCAUGCAUGAUUACCUUGCUCAAGUAACGUUGUCCCGUUCCGAUAUUUAUGUUCUUGAACGCAUGUUCAAGCCAAAUUGUAUCCAACCCUUCCUUUUCCAGCCUCAUAUGCAAUGGCUCAUAAAAUUUUCCCAGUCGAGUCCAGCGAUAUUCCAUGGCUUGUGCGACACUGCGAUUACCCCGCGAUGCGCGAAAAUCCCCUCACCAUCGCGAUGUUUCCAAACUCAAAUCCCAAAACCGAAGAAGAGGAGAUUAUGUGGCAUACUGGAGGCCUUCAAGAUAGUUUUCACAGUGCAUCGGAAUCAUCGUGGAUAAAGGUCUGCAAUGAUAAGAUGGAGCCUGUUGGAUUUGCCAUUUGGUUUCUGGGCAAACCUUUCCCUGCUGUUCGCACUACGGAUGCAAAGAGAGACGAGGCUGAAGGAGUCAAAGCCCCUACAACUUUAGAUGGUCAUGCAUGGAGGACUAUGUCUGAUGAUCUACGCCUAGAAAAAGAUCGAGUACUUAAUGAUCGACCAGACGUGUGCAGACUCACUAUGCUGUCUGUGAAUCCAGACUACCAACGUCAAGGCUAUGGAACGUCCCUUGUAGGUUGGGGUUGUCGGCAAGCAGACCGUGCUCAUAGAACUAUUUUUGUGAUGGCAUCACCUGCAGCUGUAGGGUUCUAUGAAAAAUUCGGCUUCAAGACUCAAGGGCAAGUCUGGACGUGUCACGGAACUUUCAAGAGCAUGUUGAGAGAGCCGGAAGAAUGCGAUCACCACCUGAACAACUUUGUAUCUAGUAAGUAAUAUUAUAUUAUUUAAUAAUCAAUAUUAUAGGAAUAAGGCAAAGACAUGUGAAAUAUUUUUAAUGUUUUGUUACUAUGCCCUCGAUAAUAUCCCUGUAGUCAGUCAAACAACCUUCUAAGCCCUCCCCAGGCUAUUUCCGGGGUUAGCGAAAAGAUGAGGGGUCGUAGCGAACCCAGCCUCGCGAUGAUGUCUUAAAGGAU